AUGCAGGCGGGAAAAAUCGUUCAAAGACGUUCGGGCAAUGGUACGCCCAUCUUACAACCUGUAACUUCAUCAGAACAGCCCUCUCCCCAAGGCUCUGGUUCGACCCACGGCGUUCUUGCGGCUGCGGUAGGAGCAUCCGAAACUCUUCCAGCACAAUCGCUGGUAUCCUCUGUCGCAUCGCUGCAACCACCUACACCCACUGUCAAAGCUUCGGACUCAGGCUCUGGUGCUAGAGCUGCAACUCGAUCCAAGACUAUCGUGCUCACCGAUGCUGGCCGUGCUCCCUGGUACAACUCAGUCGGAGAACCCGUGCCAGCCUACGUCGUCGGUAUCGCUGGUGGCUCUGCUAGCGGAAAAACUUCGGUAGCUAGAGAAAUCCUCAGAAGGCUUCCCAACGUUCCUUGGGUCGCUAUCGUCAGUCAAGAUGCCUACUACAAAUCCCUCUCCGCUGAACAAUCUAAACUCGCUUUCCAGGAACAAUACGAUUUCGACCACCCGGAUGCUUUCGAUUACGAUAUCCUCAAACAGUGCAUCAAGGAUCUGCGUCAGAGCAAAGCAGUAGAGAUUCCAGUAUACAGUUUCGUGCAGCACCAGAGGACCUCAGAGACCAACUAUUUAUACGGACCAGCAGUAUUGAUUGUGGAAGGCAUCUUUGUUUUGCAUGAUCCCCAGAUUAGAGAUUUGCUAGACCUCAAGGUGUUUGUUCAGGCGGAUUCGGAUCUGAUGUUGGCAAGAAGGAUUAGGAGGGAUAUUGUUGAGAGGGGGAGGUCGGUCAACUCGGUGCUGGAUCAGUACCUGAGGUUCGUUAAACCUGCAUUCGACACUUUCGUAUCGGCGACGGCGAGACAUGCCGAUAUGAUCGUGCCUGGUUCGCAUAACCAAGUUGCUAUUGAGGUCAUCAGUCAGCAUAUGGAGAAGCAGUUGAGGAACAGGUCGAGGAAGUUGCGAGCCGAGUUCUACAAGACACCUGCUACCCAGCUUCCUGCGCGUGGAGCCGCAGGCAACAAGAACAGCGAUGCAGUACCUAUGAGCCCCUACGAUGGGCUAGGCUCUGCAAACGAAAGGCGAUCCAGUCUCACACCCAUCAAGCCUCACCUGAAUCGCAGCGAUUCGUAUGCUUCGAAUGCUACGCAUACCGAACGAGGAGCUUCCAGCACCUCUGCUACUGCCGACGACUCCAGCCUACCAUCAAACGUCAUCAUGCUCGCUCAGACCCCUCAACUACAAGGCCUGCUCACCAUCCUCCACGAUCGAUCCACACCCACUUCUGAAUUCACUUUCGCAUGCAAACGUGUCGGCACCCUGAUUGUCGAACUUGCUACCACUCUCCUCCCCUAUCGCGAAAAGGAAAUCACCAUCCACGGUGGCCGCAAACACAUCGGUCACGAACUCAACAUAUCCUCUCUCUGCUCCGUCUCCAUCCUUCGCUCUGGAGCCGUACUCGAACCUUCCCUCCGCCGUGCAUUCCCAGCCAUGUCACUCGGCAGCCUCCUCAUUCAAUCCAACGAAGAGGACGGCGAACCGCACCUCUACGACGUUUCACUACCCUCGUUCAUUCGUCGUCGAGAAACAGCGGGAAAGUCGUGGGUCUUUUUGCUGGACGCUCAGAUCGGGACGGGAGCAGCGGCGUUCAUGGCCAUCCGUGUCCUGUUGGAUCACUCGGUGCCUGAAGAUCAGAUUAUCUUUCUGACCCUGCUGGCUAGCUCGCAAGGUGGAAUUCAUGCCCUAAACCGUGCUUUCCCCAGAGUCAGGAUUGUAGUCGCUGGUGUCGAUCCAGGAUUGCAGAAGUUGCGUAUUCCUUGGUCCACCGUUUCCUCUUCCGCCACCGGCAUCGCGACGAAGCAAGACAGAACGGAGACAAGAGGACACGCGCAAAACGCACCUGUAGACGAAGACGAUCUUUCACCAGGUUUCAACAAAAGAGAGAACUUGCAUCUAUUGGCUUCUCCUCCGCUCUUGAGCAUUGACGGGAGGUUUGGAAGCCAGAAUGAAGCGGAGAAGAGGCAGCCGCAGAGGCAACCACAUAUGGCGAAAGGGAGCAGGGUGGUGUUUGCCAUCACGCCGGGUUGCGGGUCCAUUGGAGACAGGUUCUGGGGGACUGGGUCGCGAUAA